CAGUUGUGCAGUACUCAAGUCUACGCCCUAUGUCAAGCUGUUAUAUAUUUGAGACAGCAGCUAGGAUCCGCAGAUUGACAGCAACACUCUUUACCUUGUUUUUAUCCAUUUCGUUCCCCCUCCUCACUCCGGCUGGUUGGUUCUUCAAGUGAGGACCGUUCUUUGAACUCCUUUGCAAAGAUGCUGUCUAACAAAAUUGCCCGGCAGCUUGGGCAUCCCACUCAGUCUCUGAUAGGAUGGGUGCUGUCCAAGGUCUUCAACAGGAUGAACUGGGUUUUGGAGGAGAAUGCUGUCAAGAUGUGUGGGAUUUCUCCAAAUGACACAGUGCUGGAGCUAGGUCAUGGGCCGGGCUUGGGCCUGGAGGCUGCUGCUCGGCUCCUCUCAGGACCCAACGGGAAACUUCUUGGAGUCGACCAUUCAGAAUAUAUGCACCAGACUGCUGCGAAAAGGAUGCAGGAUUUAAUCGCUAGUGGGAAAGUCACACUGCACCACUGUGAUGUAGCAAGCAUGCCCUUUCCAGACAACAGUGUGGAUAAAGUAUUUCACUGUAAUUGCUACUACUUCUGGCCUGAUCUGCGGGCUGGGGCUGCGGAGAUACACCGCGUCAUGAAACCUGGUGGACUGAUGGUGACUGCACUCAAUCUGAGCCGAGUAACUACAGUGGCAUCUAGGGGGUGGAUAAAAGGGAAAAACUGGCGUCCUGAGGUCUACAUGGAGGCUCUGAGGGACACCGGCUUCACAGAUGUCUUUAUUGAAGACAAAAUAGACAAGUUCAUCACCUUUCAAGUUAUGUUUGCUACUGCUGCUAAGUGAGAUGGGUUAACUGAAGGAAAUAGAUAUAUCAAUGUUAAGCUGCCAAAGUCUGUCAUUGAAAAUGAUGUAUACAAAGAAUUCUGCAUUAUAGCCGUACAAUAAAGAUGGUCAUUACUUUAGUGGACCCUGGUUUGAAA